GGGCCCGGUGAGCAAGUGCCCGUGACUGGUUGUUUGGCGCGUGUCAAAAAGCAGUUCAAAUUGACGCGCUCGGAAACUGGGUAGGAGAACAUUCAGGAUGGAAAGUUUAUGGCGCGUACACAGCGUACAUUAUAAAAAUUUACACGAAGAUGUUGCAGAGUUUGUGCAGACGAGUUUACAGCAAAAGAACUCCAUCGGCUCAGCUAUGCAGUAGAUUUCUGAGUCAAGGAAAAGAAGGAGAUGAAGGCCUUACUAUCUGUACCCAAGAAAAUGGCAUCAGGAGAAUUGUGCUGAACAAUCCCAAGAAAAGGAAUGCCCUUUCUUUGUCAAUGCUAACAGCAAUCAGGUCAAACUUGCUUCACAAUGUUGACUGUGAUCUAAGAGUAAUCAUCUUGUCUGCUAAUGGAGGAGUUUUUUCCUCUGGGCAUGACCUUAAAGAACUGACUGAGGAGGACGGAACAGAAUACCAUACUAAAGUAUUUCAUCAUUGUACAGAAGUUAUGAAACUUGUGCAGGAUAUCCCUGUGCCAGUUAUAGCUCAAGUGAAUGGACUUGCGACUGCUGCAGGAUGUCAACUGGUGGCUAGUUGUGAUAUUGCAGUAGCUUCCACCAAGUCACAGUUUGCUACUCCAGGAGUUAAUAUUGGCCUCUUUUGUUCAACUCCUGGAGUUGCACUGGCUCGAGCAGUACCAAGAAAAGUUGCAUUAGAAAUGUUAUUUACUGGCAAUCCCAUCAGUGCAGAAGAGGCUCUCAAGCAUGGCCUCCUCAGCAAGGUUGUAUCAGAGGAUAAACUGGAGCAAGAAGUCGAUGCAAUUGCAAAUAAGAUUGUUUCCUUAAGCCAGCCUGUUGUAGCCUUGGGGAAGACCUGUUUCUACUCACAAACUGUGAAGGGACGUGAUGAGGCUUACGUGGAGGCUGAGUCAGUAAUGGUCGAGAAUCUGAAACUACACGAUGGACAGGAAGGAAUCAAUGCAUUUCUUCAGAAAAGGAAUCCAUCCUGGACACAUACAACGGACUGUCGCUAGCUUACAAUAACUAUAUUAAGAAUAAUGUUUUAAAUGAUUCAAGACGCCUCACAGGGAAGUAGAAAUUGAAAAUGGUAGUUCGUUACAGUUACAGUGAAUGCAGAUGCGUCCGUAAACCAUAAACCAUAGUUGCCCUAAGAAGAUUUGCAUUUUCUCAGGAGUACUAAAUGGAAUAAAAUACUUUGUCUAUUCUCUUUGCCCGGGGAAAAAAAGAAGUUCCUAUUCUCCAAUAGGUUGGCUAUAUGCUUCUAAGACACUUUCAUCACCGCUACAUCUUAAUCUGUAAAUGUACCUUUGCUCUUAAUUUUAAAGUGCAGUUGAAACUCUCAAACAGCUGUCACGGGUAGAAUGAAGCGGUCGUUCUGAAGAGCCGUAGAAUAAGUGAAAAUGCUCCGGAAAUACUACCUCACGGACAUGGAGUGUGGAUUCAGUAUUCAGCAAUUUAGGGUUAGUUUAGGGUUAGGCGGACAAUUAGAUUUAGGUUACCGGGUUAGUUCUCGUGUCAGAGCUAGGGUUAACAAUCAAAUAUUGUAAGGGUCAUCCUAGCUCGUCGCUUUUGACUUGCUCUUGGUCGUUGUAGAAAACAGGCCGCUUGAAGAGGUUUGACCUUUUAACUUUAAUUUUGCGUGCUGGUAAAUGUAUUAAUAAUAAAUACGUCUUUAUUAAUAAAUAUGUUUUAAUUAA